GCCCGUUCAUGUUUGGUCAUUUCUAGGGUUUUCAUAUCCCUCGAUUCCCUUUUUUGAGAUUUUUCCCGCGCUAAUCCUUCGUUUGUAGUUUUUCGCGCAGUUCCUCGAGAACCGUGAUCAGCGGUUUGUCGUUGCUGUUGCGUUUCUGAACGUGGGUUUGUUGGGUUUGAGGGUUCGCUCGGUGGGUUUUAUGACAGUGGUUUGAAGGGGCUGGGUUGAGUGAGAUCGCUGGACCUAAGAGAAGGUUGCAAUGGGGGGACCGUCGAUGGACUUGUAUGGUAACCCCCUGGGUGCAGUACGGGUUCUGUUCGAGAGAUCGUGUAGAAAUGCCGCCUCUGCUGCAGAAUUGACUCGCUCCGAUUGGGGCGUUCAAGAGCUUUUUCAGAACUCGUUGUUUGCAGAGAGCGGACAUCUUCAGGUCCCUGAAAUUAACUCUGUUCCGCUGGAUGCUAUACCUGUGAACUCUCUUGUCCGCUUCCGCGGCAUGGUGCAAGAUAUGUUUGAUGUCGAAUAUUACAUCGGAGCAUACAAGGAUCAAGGAGUGUGGCAUACCAGCAAGUAUAUGGAUGUGGCGGAUGUGCCUUCUGGCUCAGAAGCAGAAGCUCAAAUGUGGGAUCGCCGUGUCCUUUACUGUGUGCCGAUUCCUGGGGAGAAUUCAUGGGUGAAGGAGUCAUGCGCUGCGCAGAGGACAGCAGCACUUAGUACAGUAACCGUGUCACAGGGUGAAAAGCGGCCUCGUGGCUCUUCAGACGAGGAAGCCUUUGAGGCGAUGGAAGCAGACGCGCCGCUCGGGAAUGAUGCCAGCGACAAAAAGCGACUGAGAGGAGAUGAAAUAGCAUCUACAUCGCAAGGUUCUCCAGCAGCGACAGAUCUUGAUCUUAAUAUGCCGCUGGGUUCUUCUGAAGGGAACAAACUUGUGCCCUGCUUAAUUAAGGUGUACGAUGGUCAAGAUGCAGACCUGAAACUCAAUGAUGUUGUGGAGGUUUUUGGGGUUCUAACCUUCGAUCCUCAGAUAUCUGCUGCGAGCUUUCAUCAAAAUAAUGGGGACGACAGUUACAUGGAUGUUGUCCAAUCUGCGUUUCUAGAAGACAAUGUUUCCAUGCGGCUACCAGCCAGUAAAGUUCCACGACUCCAGUGCAUCACGUGGAGAAAGAUAUGUCAAUCUGAUUACGCUCAUGGAGCUUCUCUUGCAGUUCUUCCAUCAGACGUCGCGGAGACCAGGAAAUCCCUUCUGGACUACCUUACCUUUUCACUUGGAGGAGAUGCUCUUGCUGCCGAGUACUUGCUAUUACAUCUUUUGUCUCAGGUGCACGCUCGAGUGGAUGCCAUGGCACUAGGAAAGCUGUCGCUCAAUAUUACCGGUUGCAACCCUGGUUCUGAAGGUGGUUUAUCUCCAACUGCCGCAACUGCUGCAGAUGUCAUAUCGAAAUUGGUUCCUCGCUCACAUUUAAUGCCCCUAUCUCUUCAAACAUUGAACCAUGCUCCAGUAGCACCACGGAAAGAUUAUGUGUCUAACAGGCUUGUGACGGGUGCAAUGCAACUUUCAGAUGGGACGCACUUGACUUUGGAUGAGACUGCUUUGCAGGCGGGCACACUCAACAGUGUUGGAGUACAGAAUUUGGAGGUUUUGAAGCAUCUACUGCAGUGGCAAAAGGUCGAAUACGAUUUCCAAUAUCAUAAGAUGGAAAUGCCAGCCGAUGUUCCCGUCCUUGUUCUCUCUCAGGGAAAAUCCCGGAUUCUUCCGACUGACGUUAUUGUACCUCUCAACGCAACUGCUAGCCACAAUCCAUUCAACGUAACCGAUUCGGAUCUUAUUAGCUGGCGACGCUAUAUCAUGAAGGCGCGAGAAAUGGACCACUCGCUCGACGAAUCCACGCAAAAGAUUGUAGAGAAUGACCUUGUGGCCGCUAGGCAAGAAGAUCGGACACUUGCUCCGGAUGUUUUUCAUAGAUGGCUGACAAUGGCAAGGUUGAUGGCUGUGAGUUACCUGGAACCCACACUCAAACUAGAACGCUGGCGUAAGGUACGUGACUUAGAGCAUCAAUGUGCGGCGCGGCUGCGAUGCAUGUAAUCUGAUGAUGAGUUACUUGCACUUCUUUGUGGCACCGACUUGAACAUCCUGUGCACAUUGUCAGUCAUUGUAAAUUGAUGAAGUUUUGCUAGAAUCGAACUUAGCUUUGCUAAUCCAACUAGAAGGGAACAUAUUCUACAGUUCGAAAAUGAAUCAUGUUUUUACUCAGUAUCAGCUCCCCAUCCUUUCAGUACAAUGUAGUAGUGGGAUCAAGGGCCAUCUUCGAUGUCCUAGUACUUGAGAGAUCUUAAGUUGAUGUGGCUUGAGCAAUUUAAUGUAGGAAACAUUAUCUUGCAGAAAACGUCGAAUUUGUGAUGUUCUCAAAGGGGCAUGCAUAUCCAAAAACUUUAAUUCAAACAUUGAGAGCAUGUUCUCAUUAUUUUAUCUUCAAAAAAGGGUGAAGGACCUUCGAAUA